AAGCAUAAUUCUUUCCAGAAAGCUACAAAUAAUCUGUGUAGCGAUACCUUCUCAAGAAGUGCUUUUUUUCUUUUUUUUUCUCUUUUUUCUUUACGCUUUUUUGAAGAUUUUAGUGCGUGGGCCACUCACGUUUGAUGGUUGGUAUCCUCGGGAUCACAAGCCAGGACAAUAUGCCGUUACUGAGGACGAGCGGCGAGCUGCUGCUAUUAAGUAUGGUCUUCGACCAGAAGAUUAUAAACCAAUGAACAAAGACGAUGUAGUCCGUUAUGCUGGUGACUAUCCGGAUCUGGGUGUGGUAACUUAUGACCACAAAGAUCCGUAUGAAGCUUGGUCCGACACACUAAACAGGAGAAAUUGGGGAGAAAUGGCAAGUUCCUAUGGACAUGAUGCGACAUCGAGGUGAUC